AUGGCGAAAUUAAAGUCAAGUUUGCUUCUGCUUAUGGCCUUGGUAGUUGCAUCCAUGGACUACAAGGGCUCAGCCGCAAUACAGUACAUUGUUGGUGAAUCCAAAGGUUGGACUGUGCCACAAAAUCCAAGUUUCUAUGAUUGGUGGUCACGAUUCCAUACCUUCAAAAUCAAUGACGUGCUUGUUUUUAACUUCACCAACGGAGUUUAUAACGUGGCAGAAGUGACAAAGGAGGCAUACACAAACUGUGAUGGCCGGAAUCCUAUCUCACUCCAGACUACAAGCCCUGCUAGAUUUACAAUUUCGAACGCGGCUAACCAUUAUUACAUCUGCACCAUAGGCCAAAAUUGUAUGCAUUCUCAGAAAUUAGCGAUUAAGGUUUCCACCGUGGAUAACAACUUGUCUGCCAUGUCACUUCAUUGA